UAUUUUAUCCUGUAAUUAGGUUAGCUAUGUCGAAAAGAGUGGCUGUGUUUGCUUUACUAAUAUCUCUCGCGGGGAUAGAAUCCGCGAAGAUAUUAGCAUGGUUUCCAACUCCAUCUAUAAGCCAUCAAAUAGUUUUUCGUCCCAUCAUCCACGAACUUGCACGACGAGGCCAUGAAAUUGUGUUCAUAACACCUGAUCCUGCUAACGUUAAUAUUCCAGGCUUGAAGCAAAUUGACGUACACAAUGUAUCCUAUUCAAAUUGGCAAGAAUUACUCAUAGAUAAUAGAGUGGAUAAACAACAAUUAUUGACUCAGAUCAAGGAAUUUAUUGAAAGAUUUACAAUAGUGUUUGAUAAACAAAAUGAAGAUCCAGAAGUCAAAAGGGUGGUGACGGAAGAUCGUGAUAAAUUUGAUCUAGUAAUAACGGAAGCAUGUGUUCGUGUAGCAUAUGGUUUGGGCCAUGCGUUCAAGAAACCAAUAGUUUUAAUAAGCUCUUUUGGUCUAGUACCAACACACUAUGGCGUUUUUGGUGCACCGACCCAUCCAUUUCUCUAUCCGUCACCUGGUCGUCAACGAUUGUACAAUUUGACAGUUCUUGAGAAGAUUAAUGAAAUUAUAAGUUUUGUGGUGUUAGAAGCUAUAGUUAGAACGACUGAAGAUAAUGAUUAUAAAAUAAUGAGAAAACAUCUUGGUAAAGAUGUACCUAGCUUUGAUGAUCUGUUUAAGAAUAUUAAACUAGCUUUGGUAAAUGAACAUCCACUCUGGGCGGACAAUCGGCCGGUUGGCCCCAAUGUUAAAUUCAUCGGUGGAGUUCACCAAACACCGCCAAAACAACUUCCAAAGGAUCUCAAGCAAUACCUAGAUGCUUCCAAAAACGGUGUGAUAUAUUUAAGUUUUGGAACAAAUGUUAAAACUUCGAUUCUACCGCCAGAAGUAAUUGAAACAAUUAUAAAGGUUUUAUCUAAAUUACCUUAUAACAUUUUAUGGAAAUGGGACAUGGAUGAAUUACCAGGAAAACCGAAGAAUAUAAAAAUUGCUAAGUGGUUCCCCCAAGCAGAUAUUUUAAGGCAUCCCAACGUAAAACUGUUCAUAACACAAGGAGGUCUACAAUCAACUGACGAGGCAAUAACGGCGGGGGUACCUGUCUUGGGGAUGCCUGUCAUUGGGGACCAAUGGUACAAUGUAGAAAAGUAUGUGCAUCACAAAAUUGGUUUACAACUUGAUUUAUUCACUUUGAAAGAAGAGCCUUUUAGAAAUGCAAUUGAAACUAUUAUUGGAGAUCCAAGUUUCAAGAAGAAUAUUUUAAAGUUAAGAGAUGUUAUGCGAGAUACCCCCGUCACACCUUUGGACAAUGCUGUAUGGUGGAUCGAGCAUGUGAUAAAACAUGGAGGGGAACAUUUACAGCCUCCAUCUGCUGGCAUGUCCUGGAUAGAAUACUAUGAACUAAGCUUACUUAGUGCUGUUGCAGCCAUUUUAAUUAUUACGAUAACUGUAUUGUUAAUUAUUCUUAAAAUUGUAUUUCGUAUUAUAAGAUCUUUAUUUAUGUCAAAGGCUAAAUUAAAGAAAAAGUAAUUGAAAUUUCUAGAAAUAAAUAAGUUUUAGUAGGUAAACGAGUAUUUAUAAUAUAAUCCUUUAAUAGAGUUGUGUGUCACUCUAAAGAAUCAUGUAAGGGCAGAAAGAUUAUAAAUGUGGAAUUUUUUUUCAGAAACUAAGACGCCUAUAAUUGUGGUGGAUAGUGCCAGAUUGCCUUGUUCUAUAAAAAUAUAAUAAUUUAUUUUAAUGGAUCAAUUAACUAAUUGGACAAUUAUAUAAACGAAGUGAAAGCAAUUUUAUUUUAUUCUUAAGAUUGUUUUUGCGUUCUUAGAUGUAUUACAAAAGAUUAAUGGUAAAAUGGUUACAUUUUCUGUUUGUAUAGUUAUAAUUCAAAAAUACUAAACCGAUUCCAUCGUAGUUUUUUCAAAUUGGCUAAACUUAGAGUUUUUUUGUACUAAAUACAGGCAAUUAAUAGACUAUAGACACACGAAUAACGUUAAUAAUAAUUAAUAACAUCCUGCCCGUUUGCCCCCUGUUUUUAAAAAAAAAAUAACGGGACAAGGAGAAUGAAAAUACUUUUACAUUACUACAUAUCUCUCUAUCUCUAUCUGAAAAUGUUAAAUAUGUGUACUGUAAACGAAAAAUGGGAUAGGUAAAUUUACCUUGCUAAUUUAUGUUUCUGGCCUUUGAUGAAUUAUAAUAUAGCCACAUACAGGAUGCUCAUUCAAAAACAAAACAUGUAAACGCUUUACUUAUUUUUCAUAGGUCAUCAUCAUAUUAAAUUAAUACAAAAUAUCUUCUAUAUAAUAUAAAGCGUGUAUCUCAUUAUAUUGACUUGUAAUAAAGAUUUACACCUUUCUAUAUCAUUUUAUGUGUUUAUGUAGACAGACAGACAUUUCAAACUGAGCCGUGAUACUAAUAAAAUAGUUAUUAAUUCCCGCUGUCCUUAAUUAAUCUGCUGCCAAACAUGCUAAGCAGUUAAAAAUAAAAAUAUGUUAUCAUA